AUGAAGAUCCUAUUAAACUCCACUCAGGUGUCUUAUUUUAUUCUCGGAGCGUACGUGGACACCGGCCUCUUCAGAUACCCCUUCUUCCUGAUCGUGCUGUGUUUAUAUGUGAUGAUCAUUGUUUCUAACGUGCUGCUGAUUGCAGUUAUCUGUAUGAACAGAAGUCUACAUGAACCCAUGUACCUGGUUCUGUGCAGCCUGUUUGUGAACGAACUGUACGGCAGCAUGGGCAUGUAUCCAUUUCUGAUGUUGAACAUACUCUCCAACGUCCACAUCGUCUCUGCCAGCUUCUGCCUCCUGCAGGUGUUCUGCCUCUACUCCUAUGGUGGUGUGGAGUUUUUCACCUUAGCCAUGAUGUCAUACGACCGUUACCUUGCCAUCUGUCACCCUCUGCAGUACAACACGCGCCUAACAGCCACUAAGAUCCCAUGGCUCAUUGCUUUGACUUGGCUGUAUCCGUUGUUAAACAACAUCUUCUACGUGUACUGCAGGACCGCUCCUCUGCAGCUGUGUGGGAACAUCAUCAACAAAGUCUACUGUGACAACUACUCCAUCAUCAGGCUGUCGUGCUUUGACACGAGCGUGCACAACAUCAUCGGCCUGGUGCACAUAUUCACCAUCAUCUUCUGCCUCAUUAUGCUGAUCCUGUACACGUACAUGAGGAUUUUAAGAGUCUGUGUGAUGGGCUCCAAACAAGCGAGGCAGAAAGCACUCAGCACGUGCGUGCCUCACCUGAUCUCGCUGUUUAACUUCGCCACCGGGGCGUUCUUCGAGAUCAUUCAGAGCAGGUUCAACAUGAGUCACAUACCCAACAUUGCACGCAUCGCCCUGUCACUGUACUGGCUCACGUGUCAGCCACUCAUCAACCCGCUACUGUACGGACUGCAAAUGUCCAAGAUACGCAUUGUUUACAAGAACCUGGUAUUUAGGAGAAAAGUGUGAGUGAACAACAAACGGACCAAACGGUCAAAGCAGAACAGACAAAGUGAAACUGCUUUCAGAGCUGCACUGUGGUCUGGACGGGGACUGGCUGUAUGUAAAUGCAAAAUAUUACUAGAACUUGAGUGCGCAAGCGUCUUGCCUCCAAAAUGAACAGCUUGAGACAAAGAGUAACUUAUAGUAACACAAGUGCGUGCUUUUAUUCUUGUUCUGCUUUUUGUCUAGUGUUUAAUGUUUUAAAUGUUCACAUUUAAACUGUUCAGAAAAAGCAGG